AGGAGAUAGAAGGAAGUGACAUAGAGAUGAAAGGGAUGAUGUUCUACACUUGAGGACAAGACAGCCUUGAGAGGGAACCAGACAAAUACUCAAAUUCAAUGUGCUGUGCCCUUCAGUAGACAACGUACUGGUAUUAGGAGGACACAAAUGAGAUAUUAAACUAACCCGGGGGUAGUCAAGAAAGCUUUAGAGAAUCAUUUUAACUGAAAAUUAUUUCAGCUCUGUUAUAAACCAAACCCCUAUGACUUUGAUUCAACUCCCCAGGUAGAGAACAUGGGGAAAGAUAUGGUACUUUCUCUUCUAACCAGUGUUCUGGCCAUAAUAUUGGAGGGUACAGAAUCCUUGGCUAUAACUUCAGGAAAUUUGAAAAGUGUGUGUGUGUAGAGAGAUGCUGGCUCCCACUCUUUCCCAGAGUAGGAGCAGGCCUUGACACGGGGCAAAAUAGGAGUCACCCUAGAUAACACCAUUCUUACUUACUAGAGCAAAGUAUAUCCCCCCAGAUGGGUUUUCUGAUAUAUCUGGAUAGGAGAGAGGGGAUGAAAAAAAAAACGCCAUCUUCAUCACCAACAUGGAAAAAACAAGGAGAUGGUUUGCUCCAAGGUUUUUUAUUCCCCCCUAGUUUUAAGAGAGAGGAGACAAAGCAGACCUCAUUCUUAAAGACUUGCCACUCAAGGUGUGACUGAAACACCAGCAGCAUGAGCAUCACCUGGAAGCUUGUUAGAAAUGCUGAAUCUCGGGCCCCAGCCCCAAACAACUGCAUCAGAAGGGGCAGCUUAACAAGAUCCACAGGUGAUUUGAUUUCUACGCAUAUUAAAGUUUGAGAAGCCCCGCUCUAGACCAGCAUGGUGGCUGAACAUUGGAAUCACCUGAGGAGCCUUUUAAGGCACAGAUCCCACCCCCAGGAAUUCUGAUUUAAAUGGUCUGGCUUCCUAAAUGAUUCCAAAUGUGACUGAAGGUAGUAAAGCACGUGGAAGCCUCCUGUUCCUUAUAAGAACCUCGGAAAACGCAACGGGUCUGGGUGCUGCUGAUGUGGAAUGGAUACAGAGAACUCCCAGAAGCCCAGGGAAGUGGCUGCCCCUUCUUCGUGCAGCUCCUCUCAUUGCAACACUAUGAAGCUCCCCGGGAGGCCCAGGACUCGGACAGCUGCUUUUCUGCCUCUUUGCCUGCUUUUUUUGAAGAUUCUGCAACCAGGGCACAGCCACCUUUAUAACAACCGCUACGCUGGUGAUAAGGUGAUUAGACUUAUUCCCAAUACAGAAAAAGAAGCAAAUGCACUGAAGAAAAUAUACCACCAACUUAAGCCAGUGUUCAGGGCAUGUUUACCAACAUCUCCAGGCUCAUGAUGACGUGUGACCUUUGGCGUGAACAGCGAUAAGUGUGCAAGACUUGCGAUGUGCAUUGCUAGGAUGAAACACACUGGUAGAACAGUUUGCAACAGCUCUUCUUUACUCUGACAGAGCCUUGCACCAAAACUAUGCUUAACCCCCUUGCUGCUGCUUUUUUUUCCAAGAUGACUUACUGUCGUGACUUAGCACAUGAAUGGUCCAUCCUGUGAAGAUAGUUGACCAUUUGCUCUGAGUAGGCAUAGAAGAAUAAACAUUUCAUAUUUAGGUACUUUAGCUUUCUGGGUUCCUUUGAAGUAAAAAAAAGUAAUCAAUUUGCAUUGAUUUACAUAUUUUAGUACCAAAAGCUAAAUUUAUUUUUUAUUCAGUGAUAUUUAAAGAGAUAUUUAAAGGUAAUCAACAUGAGAGAAAAAAAUAAAUGAUCUUACGAGCUUAUACUCUAGUUGUGGAGAAGAAAAUAGGCAAAUGAAGAAGUAAACAAGUUAUAGACUGUAGUAAAUGCUGUGAAAGAAAUAAAUAUGAUUAAAUAGAAUGGUAUUUGAACUUUGAAAGUUCAGGAAAGGCCUCCUCAAAUAGAUAAUAAGGCUAUAACCUGUCAUGCAAAGGUCUCGAAAAAACAUUCGAGGUAAUGACCCUUGUAAGUGCAACGACAGAUUUGCCUCUCUAUGCUUGGUUGUUUGGACGGGAAUAAAGCUAGUAUGGCCAGAUUAUAGAGUAAAUACAAGGGAGAGCAGUAAGAUAUGAGGUCUGAGACACACAACCCCGGGCAAGUUCAUACAAGGCCCUGAGGAAAAGAUGAAAAUUUGGAGUUUUGUGCUGAGGACAGGAGGAAGCUAUUAAACAUUUGUAAGAGAUAUGAUGUGAUCUAAAGAAAAGCUGAUUAACACCUAUUUUAUAUGUUGUAUGUAUUAUAUACUGUAUUCUUACAAUAAAGUAAGCUAUAAAAAGGAAUGUUAAAAUCACAAGAGAAAAUGCAUUCACAGUACUGUAGUGUAUUCAUAAAACAACAACCACAACAACAACUGCAUAUGAGCAGAGCCACACAGUCCAAACCUAUGCUGUUCAAGGGUCAACUGUAUCAGACUUUAGAAGUUUGCAGGAAGGCUCCCACAGAGCCAGAAUUCAGACCUCCAAGAAAGGGCACUCCUUGGCUGAUACUGGCGUUCCCAGGAGC